AUGGCUGAGGUCCUUCAGUCAGUCCUGCCUGAGGGUACUGCACAUGCGUACCAAUUGACAGAUUUGCAUCCUGAUGUGUGCAAGAUCGCAAAGGUCGCUUGCAGUGACCUCACACUUUUUGGCUUACCAGAAGGCAGCAACUGGAGCCUCAAGGAAGAAUUAACCACCUUCCAUGCUAGAAAACGGUAUAUCUUGGCAGCAGCAGAAGAGCUAGCAAGAUUGUCCUCUCAGCCUAGUCAAAACGUUGGACUUGAGGCAAGCGCUUUCGUAACUGAGGAGUUCGAAGCACUCUUUGAGAUGGAACUCCUGCACGAGGGGGUGUACAUCAAGUAUCGGUGUGGUAAUUGCAGCAGGCUAUUUUGA